UGAAAUCUUCGUGGUCACUUUUUAGAAACUCGAGAAGAGAAGAGACAUUGAGCCGCAGAAAAAGCUUUGUUUCAAUGGAAGAAGUGAAUUCAACGGCGGCUCCUCCUCUUUCCCCGGCGACGGAGAUUAGGCCACUCCACCCCGCUGCUCGCAAAGCUUUCUUAGGCCUUUGUACCGCUGUUAGAGACCUUCGUCCUCACUUGCUCCAGGUUAUGCAAGAAGAAGACUUUAGAAAUUGCGAGGCAUCCCGUAAAAUGCAAAAACAGGCGGAGUUAGUGAGCACUGGAUAUAAGCAGCUGGCUAAAGAUCUGACAUGUAGAGUUGGAGGAUCUCCAUCUGGCCUGAAUUUCAUUACAUAUUUAAGCAAAAAACCUGUCUAUUAUGGUAUAUCGAAGCAAGAGGUUCUAUCUCGAAAAGUUCCUAAGAAAAGAGUUCCUAAGAACAUAUUCUAAGUAAUCCUAUGUAGUUUUAAACCCCUACUACUUGAAAGAUGCUUUAGUGGACGUGGAAACUUUUAAGGAAAAUUAGCAUCUGAAGUACUUUAUGUUGUUCCAAUAUACUUAAAAAGUCUUGUCUCGUUAUCUGUAUUUUCUAUACUGUGUUUUGUUUGACUGUA